AUGGCGGUUCUCCGAUACGCCGUCUUCUUAUCUCCUUCGCCUUUGCUUCCGUCGUACCCUUCCGGAAGAAGAAUCUCUUUAAAAUUCAUACGGUGUUCACAGAGUUCUUCGGUUUCAGUUCCAUUCUCGUCGAAGUCAUCAAGGAGGAAAAAUUACCUGCGACCAAAAAUCCUUAGAACCCUAAAUCCGAAGCCUCAAGAAACCGUCUUAAUCGAAAUCAAAACGCCGGAAAAUGUUCCACCGAGCGACGAAGUGUCUAAUCAGGGAGAUGAUGUAGAGGAGCUUCAGGCCUUAAGUAGCUCUGUUGUGUCGAACGAGGUAAAUGGUGAAUUGAAUAAGCUAUCUCCGAAGUUAGUAGCCAAGUAUGGAUUGUGGUUGAUCGGAAUUUUCGCAUUUCAAACUGUUUGUGCUGUUUUGUUUCUGGGAGACUCAACAAAAUCCAAUAACACUCCGGAGAUUUCUAGUGAUAGUGGUCAAAAUGGGGAAAGAGAGAGCAAUGUGAUUACGCUAGAAGAUCUUGAGAUGAAUGAGAAGAUUGCAGAGAUCAGAAUGAUGGCACGUGAAGCACGUAAAAGUGAGGGUAAACAAGAAGAGGAUGAAACUGGUGUUGACAUUGAGAAAGAGAUAGGAGCAAAAUUGUCUAACAUGGAGAAACGGUUGAAUUCACAGAGAAAAGGUUUGGCGGGAUUGCGUGUAGAACCGUUGGAUGAAUCUGGAAAUGAUGAGAAAAGUUUGCUUUUUGAGAAGAAGUACAAGUUUAAAGCUGAGAAGCCACCAACGAGUAAUGUGAAAGGUUUUGGUGGAAGUAAGGAAAACAAUGAGUUAAUGUCUGAGACUGAGAAGACUGGACAAAAUGGGAGUGUUAGUGAAUCACGAGACGGUGAGAAGAAUACUGGAGAACAACAAAAUAAGGCAGGGGAUUCAGACUCCAAGAUGGUUUCUGGUGCUGCUCAGGAAUCUGACCAAAGGCGACCAUCAAACGAAAUUAAGAAGUCAAAGAAAUCUGAAAACCGAAUGGGCACAACACCAAAUAUGGAAGCUGGUUCUGGAUUUGGUAGCACUUCGUUGUCGGGGAAACAUGGAGACGUCAGGAAAGGUAAACUGAUGAGAAGAGGGAGGGAGAAACAAUCUGAGAAAGAUAAUAAUAUGUGGUGGCUGAAACUUCCCUAUGUGAUGAGAAUUCUCAUGCGGAGUAAGAUAGAUCAGGACAUAUCCGAGGGAUAUUUUACCUUGAGGACCAAAUCUAUGGAACAAAAUGAGGGCCAGGUUUCACACAUGAUUGCCUUUGAGGAUCAAAGUGAUGCUAGAAACUUCUCUUAUCUGCUUGAAUCAUUUUUUGAAGACUUGGAUGAUUUCAUUGCCGAUAUUGCUCCUGUAUCAACCAAGGAUCUCUAUGACGAAGUGAGUUCUGGUGGUAAGAAUGUGAUAGUUGUGAGGAAGAGGCAGCUUACGUUGUAUGCUGGACAACCAUUCGAAGACGUUGAAAGAGCUUUGCAAACUCUGAUUCAAGAACAAAGAUGAAAAAAUAACAACAUUUACUUCGGAAUGGAAAAAUAGAUAGUCCAGAGAUGAUCGAUGUGGAUGACAGAGGGGCAGUAAGAACAUUGCAGCACACCAACAUUUUUUUUAAGCUUAAUGAGCCAAUGAGCCUCUGGUGUACUAUGGUAAUAACAUUGGAAUUGAGAGGACAGAUCCAAUAGGGAUAGGAAAAAGUAGAAAGAUUGUUAUAUCAUGUAAAAACGUAUUUUACAUGAAUCAAAGAGAACAACAACUUUUAACAUUUA